GGGUUAUCGAACAAUUUUCUAGCUUUUAGUCCGGCUUUGCUUGGCUCGAUUGACUACGAUUUAUUCUUACUCCAUCAAGAUCCAUCCUCGCAGCCCGAGCAAUUUUUACUAGCCCUGGUUUAUAUCGAGCCCCUAAUCAGCAGUUUCACCUCCGGGGCGUUCCACAAAUCUCCGUCUGUUCACGGGAUAAGACCGGAUACCCGCAGCGACAACUGGGAUUUGUUCUUUUGUCCUUACUCGAGGCUCUGAUAGCGCAUUUGACGACCGACUGACUGCACAAUGUAUCUUGUCUCUCUCGCUCUGGAAUAUGGAGCGCCGUUCUUUCUUAUAACAUCUCCCGUAACCUCCUAUGCGGAUCAAAUUCUCAGUAUUCAUCGGAAUAGGAGUUCCGCUGGUUUCUCGUUGGAUAUACCUCUGAUCAUGCUGGUCGCGUCUAUCUUGAAAGUAUUUUUCUGGUUUGGCGACAACUAUUCUUUUACGCUGCUGGUGCAAGCCGUUAUCAUGAUUGGGGUCCAAAUGGUUAUGCUCAAGGUUGCGCUGGAUAAUCGGCCGGCCCCCGGUGUGAAAAACAGUCUCGAGCACGUUCCGUUCAGUAGUGUCAGUAAUGGCGGCGGACUUACUCGGCCCUAUGACUUCUGGCAGUGGAAGAGCGCAAAGCCGUAUUGGAUGUUUUUGGCUUAUUUCAUUGCUGCGCUCUCAUUUAUCCAGAUCUGCCUAGCUCCAAUUGCUCAGUCCGACUUUUACAUCAACUGCCUCGGAUAUAUCGGUUUGGCUGUGGAGGCUACCCUGCCUCUUCCUCAAAUUAUUGCUAACCAUCUGUCACGGUCGUGCAAAGGAUUUCGUUUGUCGGUUGUAGCCGCAUGGAUCCUCGGUGAUCUGAUGAAACUGAGUUACUUCUUCUGCAGUCAGGAGGUAAUUCCCUGGGCUUUCCGCCUAUGCGCCUUGUUCCAGUGCGUCUGUGAUUUGUACCUCGGGGUACAGUUUUGGAUGUAUUCCAAAGCCUCGUUUGGGGCUGCUGGCAGCCCUAGGGAAUCCAGUGGGAACUGGACUGUUGAGGAGAAAGACAUCCGGAUGACUUAAAUACGUAACGGCCGCUUGCUGUUCCCUGGUGCUUGAUGCACUGUAAAUACUGGGAACCCAGGUAUCUUUCUUUUCUUUUCUUUUCCUUUUUUUUUUUUUUU